GGAGAAGGCGGCGAGGCGGCGGCGAGGAUGAGGAGGAUGGCAAAGAGCAGCCCCCGCCGGGCAGCCACCGCACCGAGAUGCCGCAGCCGGGCUUGCGCGGCCGCCACAGCUGAGCCACAAACCUUCGGCCCCAGGUGAGGGAGCCACCUGUCACCUCCAGCCCAGUCCAAGGACUAUGCUCACAGCUCCCUGCCCCUCUCAGCCAUGGAGACUCCCAUGUUCAACACCGUCCUGGAGACGACAGACGGGGUGACCCCUGACCCCAGAUGGACUCUGCCCUACCCACUGGGCUUCCAGGUCUCAUUGACAGGCUUCCUCAUGUUGGAAAUCGUGCUGGGAGUCAGCAGCAACCUGACAGUCCUGGUACUCUAUUGCCUGCAGGCUGGAUUGGUUGACUCAGUCAGCAACAUGGUGACCAUGAACUUGCACGUGUUGGACGUGCUCAUUUGCGUGGUGUGUGCACCACUUACCAUGGUGGUGGUGCUGGUGCCCCCAGAUCGUGCUGCCACCCUGCUUUGCUGCUUCCACGAGGCUUGCAUCACCUUUAGCAGUGUGGCAACUGCCACCAACGUGCUGGUGAUCAGCCUGGACCGCUACGACAUCUCUGUGCGGCCGGCACAGCGCGUGCUGACACCGGGCCGUGCCAUCCUGCUCCUGACUGGCGUCUGGGUGCUUUCCCUGGCUGUUUUCUUUGUGCCCUUCCUGGAGGGCGAGUUUGGUCAUGCUAGCAUAUGGCAAAACCGCACGGUGCUUUGCGUUGGCCCGGAGGAAUUCCAUGCUGAGCUCGGCACCUCCUAUCACUUGGCCAUCCAGAUCCCCACUUUCUUUGCUGCGGUGGCCGUCAUGCUGGUGACCUAUGCCAAGAUCCUGCAAGCUCUCAACAUCAGCAUUGGCAGCACCUUCAAGCGCAGCCAGCGCCGCAAGACCAAGAAGAGAAAGCGGCGGAAAUCGGCAGAGCCCAGCAGCAGCGCUCUCAGCGGAGGGGAAGCCAAGCGGCUCUCUCAGCCAGUGCCCGCGCUCCCUACGCCGCCACCCAUGGGGGUGCAGGCCUCGGUCUCUGUGAUCAUUGCACUGCGGCGGGCAGUGAAGCGUCACCGUGACCGGAGGAAGCGCCAGCGGCGAGUCUUCCGCAUGUCCCUGCUCAUUAUCUCCACCUUCCUGUUGUGCUGGGCCCCACUGUCCAUUGCCAACCUGCUCAUCCUGUCUCUUGGGCCCAGCCCCUUGCUGGGUAAGCUGCGUGUUUGCUUCCUGGCCAUGGCUUACGGCACCACCAUCUUCCACCCUCUCCUCUAUGCUUUCACCCGCCAGAAGCUGCGCAACGUACUCCGCAGCAAGUUGAAGAAGCGGGUGGUGUCGGCACUGCAGGUGGACCCCGCACCUGGCGGCACAGUCAUCCAUAACUCCUGGGUGGAGCCACCGCGCAAAAGCUGCAAGGGACGGCCACGGGGUAGCGAUGGGGCCGAACACUGCCUGACCGAGGCCACUAAGGAGUGAGGCGCAGAUGUAGAGCCCUCAAAAUGUCCGGGAGAGUUUGGGUGUGUGUAGGAAUCCACUGCCUCACCCAAGCUGGUGAAUGGUGGGUGCCAAACACUGAAACCUCUGAAGCAUGAGGGGCAGGCACCGAGCCUCCCUCAAAAACGCCAGAAACUACAAAAAUGGUGCUAACCCCUCAGUUGAAGCCACCAAGGAGAGAAGUGGGGGUGAGCAAUGUCUUUCCACGAAGCGAGGGCCAGCCAUCAACACCUCACUGAGACCGCAACAGUUUCAGUGUCGGAGGUGAUGCUGAUCCCUCACAAGGCCCUCCCUGCCCCACCCGCCACCAAAGCAUAAGGCCCUCCUGUAGCCCAUGCUAAAACCACUCGACUGAGGUGAAAGGUGAAGGCUCAGAGAGUUUCCCACCCAUGGUGUGGACCAGUUCGCCUUGCAAAGGCCCACAAGUGUUACUACAACUAUUUAAUGUUUCGUAUCGUGCCAACAAUAUGUUUGGCAUUGAUGAGCUCCCUACAUAUAGGGCCAUUGAGCCCCUACUGUAUAAGCCAGUGGGCACCCCAGGGGUCUAAUCAGUUCUACAGCCCCUUUUUAUUGUUGGCUAAGUACAGGAUGGCUGGAACCAGCUCUGCUUGCAGAAGGAGGGAGAGGAGGUCUAGAAAACUCCUGUGAGGGAGAAACACAAGCUUUGGCAAAGGCUGGGACCAGCAUGAGCCUCACUAUCAUGCUGUGCUUCGUCUCCAGACCCCCGUGGAUUUGGCAAGCUGUGUGUUGCUCUGUUCCAGCACGUCAGGUCCAAGCCAUCUCCACACUUGCUAAGGCCUUUCCAAACUGCAGGCGUAGUUCUCCCACUUGCCUCUUCCAGUGACUGAUGCCUGGAGGAUGUAAAUCUCUGCCGAGGCUUAUGCUAGGCUCUGUACUCAUGUCCCACUUGCAUAUGGGAACUAGUUUCCUGACCCCUUCAUCAAAGAGCCUUGGUGCCACAGACACGUGUUUUCCAUCUCUCCUUUGCUGGCGUCAUUUGUGGCCACUGGCUCCCAGCGUCGGAUGCUGGGUUCAGCUGAUCUGCCAGAUCCAAGGGUCCACUACUGGGCCACUGCUUCCUCAGAGAAACAGGGUCCAUCACUGUAGCAGUGCCCCACAGCAGCUCUUUCUAUCAAUCUCUCUGGUCCAAAGUUGGACGCCUCUAGGCCCUGGCCUCCUAGGUUCCUAAGCAAGUUGCCCUGGAAAGAGAAGUGGCUCUCUUCCCCACCCACCUGCCACAACAGACUUCCACUGGCAGAAGAACAGGAUUGGGACCCUUUCACACUGUAUCUCUAGAGAAGAAGAGCCAUCCCUGCCACUGGGGGAGAGGGUGAGCGAAAUGGAGGGUGCCAGGGCUUGAGAUUGGCCAAUAUGGGGCUGGGGGGCCUCCUAGCGAAAGGACUUGACCAUGCGCUUUCUGUGUUUGGGCUUGCAUAGACGAGGAGCUGGGCCAAGACCAACAAGACAGAAGGAAAUGAGCGAGGCCUGGAGCUUCAUAUCACUCCUUACGAGGGAUUCCUGCAGAGCACAGCUGUGAUCUGCAUGGCUCCCAAGGACCAGUCCAGUCCAUCCUCUGAUCAGAGGGAAUGUACAGGUUGCCCUUCACGUUGCCCAGCCAGGGCUCCCACAAACACCCACGAAUGUUCAGGCACUUGCAAAAGUCCCAGCACUGCCAGGGAGCCUGAGGUUCCACCAGCCACUCCACCAGCCACUCCAUCUUGAAGAGAUCAUUCCCUUGCUGUAAUGAAACUGAAGGCAGCAUGAGGGAAGGGGAAGGGAGGAAGGCACUUGACAUUUGCAUACCAGCUGCAGAUAUGCUCUCUUACUGCUUCCCGGCACCCUGCAAAUGGUGGAAUAUCUGAAGCUGCCACAUUCUAAGUCAGUAUUGUCAGUGCUGACUGGCAGUGGCUCUCUAGGGUUUUAGACAGGGGUCUUUCCCAGCCCUUCCUGGAGACGCCAGAGCUUGAACCUGGGACCUACUGCAUGCCAAGUAUGUGCUCUAUCACUAGCAAAGUAGAAACAUAGGAUGCUGCCUCAUACCAUGUCAGAUCAUUGGUCCAUCUAGCUCAAUAUUGUCUGCACUGACUGACUGGCAGCAGCUCUCCAAGGUUUCGGGCCAGAGUCUCUCUCAGCCCUACCUGGAGAUGCUGGGGAUUGAACCUGGGGCCUUCUGCAUGCAAAGUGGAUACUCUGCCCCUGAGCUGCAGCCCCAUUCCCUGAGCUGUGGCCCUUCCCAAAUAGCAUAGUUGCCCAAGUGUCAAGUUCCCAGCUCCUUAGAAUGAACCCCAGACUCGCCUGGCUCUUCAGCAACUCUGUGGUGGAAGAAGCAUGAAAGUGAUGGUAGGAGAGGUCUUCAAAGAGGCCAGCAAACUGCUGUGCCCUGGUGGGUGGGCAGUAGCUCAGUGCCAACCCCUUUCUUUGGGCUUCCUAAAACCUGGGGUUGGAGCUGCCCUCUGCAUGGACAUACCACUGUACACACAGAGGCCUACAGAGAUUCACAGACACCGGCCCUAUUUCUGCCUAGUCCUAACAGUUCAGCAUUCUCCAUCCACACGAAACUCACACAUAGGUGUUCAACAAAAGACUUAAUAUGUCUUCCUUCUCCAUUCCAUGUGGCAAAAAAAAUAAUUAAAAAAAUAAUAAUGAGCUGGCUGAAAUAAAUAAUGGUGCCCAGCCUAUAGAAGUGCCUGGAUUCCUUCUGUCAGCAGCUGAAGAAGAUCACAUGGCUCUCUCCUCUCUGUGUAUUUGUGUACUCUAGUCAUAGGUGUCAUAUGCUGGAAGCUGUAAUGUGGCCCACAGUUGAAGGUAAUAAAGAGCUGGUGAGUUAAGUGUGAAAUGUGUCAGAAACAGUGGGAUUCCCAGAGGAAUGGACCAGUUGAUAUCACAUGAACAACCUGCUGUCUCUUUAGAUAAAAGUUGGAAUUCACAGGUUUAUCCUGGCAAGACAUGAUCAUCGGGGAGAUAAUAGGUUGCUUUCAUAAUUUCCCUGGGGUGGUCACACUGGAAGAUAGCAGCAGAAACAAUUAUCAAACACCUCACAUCCAUUUUUGCUCAUUCCACCCCCACCACUGAUGCAUCAAAGCUUUUCUGAGCACACCCUCCUGACUAGACCAUCUACAAAGAGCAUGUGAUGAUGAGGCAAUUUGUGGGACCUGUCCCCACUCCACCCCAUUAUAGAACUCCUUUUCCCCUGGGGACCAGUGACCUGAGAAGCCUCUCAGAAGUGUGGUACGCCUGUUUAAUCUAGCCCAGAUGAAGAUUUAUAUUUAUAUUGAUGUUUUUCUAUCUGAUAGAUUUCCAUUCCCCCUGCCCCCCACCCCCCGGCAGCCAUAUGGUCUUCAUUUAAAACUUUACUAUUUGCCUCAAGCCCUGCUGAAGAGACAGGCUGAAAUAGCCGUAAAUUAAUUAUGAGUUCUCCAAAAGAGCGAUAUGUGACAGUGGGGCCAUGGUUUAUAAAGAAGAAAUUACUAGUCUUUGCAAAGUUAAGGCUUUUUAAAAAUAUGAUCUAAUGUCAGAGCUCAGGUGUACACAUGCAAAAAAAUUAGCUUAAUGUGUGGUGAGAAUAGUGUUGUUUGUUUUAAAAAUAUAACGUGGGAGAAGAUCCCUGUUUGGCACUUCUUAAUUAUAGAGUCACUCCUUUAGAGCGUGGGAAGACACCUGCCAACUCCUUUACAACAGGUGCAUAAAAUAUAAAUACAGAAAUGCUGGAUAUAGGGCUGCGGCAGAAGAGUCAGCACAGAAAAGACUGCACCUGAGACAGGGGCAGAGGGGACGAUAGAAGAUAAGGAAAAACACAACCACAGAAAAAACAAAUGGCUUCCCAUUACUGUAAACUGGGUGUGAACGUGCCGUGCUGGAUGUUGCCCAUCACAGCAAACCAUGACCAAAGAAGAACUGACUUGCUCAUUAUAGACACUGAUGGAGGAUUUGGUAGAAGAAAAAUAGAAGAGUCGGCUGUCAAAACACCGACUGUCUCCCACAAAGGCAAGUGGUGUGAAGCACAAUGGGGUUUUUUUGCAUCAUUUUCACACAGUGAACAUGUUCCCUGCGUGGGCUUCCACCUAGUGAGAUCUCAGCUUUGCUUUCAGUGGAUUACCAAGGUGUGGUAAAACUCAGAUCUCAUGAGGAGAGGGAAAUGUAUCUUGACCAUCAAGCCAAGUGCACUGUCUGUUACCUUUAUCAGUUAGUGAUGAGUGCUUGUUCUGAACUAGUCUCCUUCAAAGGAAGAUGUGACAAUGAACAGCCCAUUCCCCCAUCCUCCUGGAGCAAAUCUGUUUUUCUGAAAUUGGGUGAUAGUAUUUAUCUUAUCUAAGUGAGAAGAAGGGGUGGGAAGCAAACAAAAAAAACCCAAAACAAAACACCACAUAAUGCCAAUGGUGGAUUUCCCUCCAGCUCAAUAACAGCCUGGAUAUAACCUCCCCACGAAGACUGCUUUCAUACAAAAUUAUUAAUGGUUCUUGUUUAUUAUAUAUGAACCUGCUUGAUAGGAAAGCACAUCAUUGGUUUAGUACUGUCUUCUCUGACUGGCAAAAGCUCUCUGAUGUCUCAGGCGGAGAUCUCUCCCAAGGUUAGCUACUUGGAAUCCUUUAACUCAGGGCUGCACAGCCUCAGACCUUCAGAUGUUGUGUUUGGACUACAACAUCAGCCCCAGUGACAGUGGCCAAUAGUCAGGGAAUGGGGUAGUCCUGCUUUAAGUGGAAAUUCCAGGGGUUGAACCUGGGACCUCGUGCAUGCAAAGCGUGUGCUCUGUGACUGAGCUGUGCAUUUGCCACAAGCCAUGGGAGGAGAUACUUACUAUAUUGAGAUCAUUCACCCAACCCCAAACAGGUGUCCUACCCAGAUUUGGGAGCUGUGUAUGCUCCAAAUUUUUGUUUGUGUGGGUGCAAACAACUACAUAGGAGAGAGAAGUGACUGUGUGGAAGCAAGGUAAGAGAAAAAGCUGGGUAGGACAGCUUUUCCUCCUACUGUGGCCAAAUGCUGGGUAGGACAGUGCUGUCCUACCCAGCUCUUCCUCCUACCUAGUAGUUUGCACUCACACAACUGAAAAUUGGGAGCACACACAGCUCCCAAAUCUGGGUCGGACACUUAUCCUACCCACUUUUCAGUUGUGUGAAUGACCUCUUUGUGUUAUUUUGAAAGCUUUAAGCCUGCCUCUGCAAGCUUAUCUGGAUAUCUAUGGACCAUCUCUCUAAGAUUAUGUCACUUCAAGGGUCCCAGUUCUCCAGAAUUAGAACUGUGUAUGCACACCAGCACAGAGCUGCAGAACAGUUUUAUGUUGGCCGCUUGCUGAAGUGUGUCCAGUCUAUCUGGCCUUCAGGAUGCCCCAUGAUCUGCAUCACAGACCAAGGUGGCGGCUAUAUGGCCCUCUACUGGUGCUCAGUUGCUCUGUACCGUGCGGUUUCUGGUUGAAGAUGCAUGAGGUUUGCCUUGACGCUUCCUCUUGCUGCUUGUCAUUUCAGAGCUUUGGCUCCAAGAAAUGCAGGCAACAGACCAGGUGUCCUUGAUUUGGCUGCAAGCUUAAAGAAAUGUAUUUGAAAUUAUGGCCAUAGCCUUGCUUUACAAUGUCAGCAGAGGUUAAUUUAUGCAUUGAAAAAACAGAGAAGGUCUAAUGCAUUUUUAGAGGCAGAAAUACUUUAGAUCAACUCAUUUCCUAGCGACAUCUCACAGGCUCGCUUCUCUGUGCUGUGAUGAGUCUUUCCCUGGUAAAUUUUUCAUGAGCCUUGAUAGGAUGGUACAAAUCAAGGGUAUGCGUCACACAGUUGUUUUUUGUUUUUUUAAUUCCAACCAUGUUUGAUCCUUUAAGAGUUGCUUGUGGCUGAUUUAAUUUCAUGCUCCCAGCAGUAGCCAAUUUCCCUGAUACAUCAGACAUCUACCCAGCCCUCCUUGUCCUGUGGAGUAUUCCUGACUUGUAGAUUCGGUGUUACUUUGCUGUCACCAGCCCCAUUGUAAUUGUCAGCAUUUAUUACAAUUGUCUUCGGCAUUGAUGGUGGUGUACCAGUGUGGCAUUAUCCAGCUCAAAUUGAGUAUUCAUGGAAAUGUUUGGCUUUCUUGCCACAACUUCAGUAUUCUUAGUCUGCUCCACCACUUCAGUGUUACUCCAUUUGCUGCUGAUGUCAAACACACCUCACUCUCUGUCUCAGUGAAUGCAGUUCCUAUUAGGCACUGUGCUACCUGUACAGAGUGUCAGGAUUUCAUUCUGAUGCUGCAGUGAAUCAUGUCACAUUUAAUUUACAUUCUCCUGCAACACAGUUCCUGAAUUCCCAUAAGCCCUCAGCUAUGCAACUCUCCACACCAUCCCUCAAGUACCCUGAUGCCUGAUAUCCUUCAUAAAUGUACUCUGUGCACCUCCAUUCCUUUCCAGACAAGAACCAGGUACCAAGAGGCAGCUCCACAGACAACCUCCAUGCACUAUCCAUGGAUUUGGUAAACACGGGAGAAAGAGGAGAAUCUGCAUGUUUGUCACAAACACCACACACUCCUUUCCAGUUCAAGGUUAUCCCUUACAGCGGGGGUUCCCAAUUUGGGGCCCUCAGAUGUUGGAGUACAACUCCAUUCAUCUCAAGCCACAAUGGGAUGAUGGGAGUUGUACUCCAACAACGUCUGGAGGCUCAAAGCUUAAAUUAGCUCCUGCUCUCAUGUUUUGCCUUCCAGUUGUAACUGCAGUUGUUGCUGUUGCAUUUCCCCUAUAGUUAGAGUUGUUUGGAUAGAGGAACAGAACCCAGUGUGAGGCAGGGCUCAGUCCUGGAAGAUGGAAAAUGGCAGCGGGAAAGGGGACCACCUUUGAACUCGUGCACAAUGCUUCUUUCUUACCACUGAGUAACUAUAGCCGGCCUCCACUCCCAUGAUGUUAAGGGCCUACUACUUCCAGGUCAGAAAGCAGAGCUUCAGGCCAGGCACAUUUAUUCUCAGGAAUUAAUCGUGAAGAAGAAACUACUUUUCUCUGCGGAAGGCCUUAACUUGAAGGUGGGUUCCCAUAAACUGAGGCUUUGUAAGGAUGAUGGUAAAGAGAGCAUGAGAAGAGCAGGCCCUUGGUGAGGGAAGACAGACAGUUGCCAGGCAGCUCAACAGAAGCAAGGGCUGUUAGCGACCAAAACUGCCCCACCUUGCCCACCAGGGAAAUGGGGAAAGUGCAGGAAGAGGGCAACCAAGAUGAUCAGGGACCUGGAGCAAGGCUACAGCAUCUGGGGCUUUUUAGUUUGGAAAAGAGGCGACUGCAGGGAGUCAUGAUAGAGGUGUAUAAAAUUAUGCAUGGAGUGGAGAGAGGGAUUUUUCUCCUUGCCUCGCAGCACUAUAACCAGGGGUCAUGCCUGCUACUACAAGACCAGCUCUCUUCCCAUAGUCUUAGACAAAUUCAUGGAGGACAGGUCUGUCAAUGGCUACUGGUCCAGCGGCUAGAGGCCACCUCCAGCCUCAGAGUCAAAGUGCUCCCAGAGCCAAAAUGCCUCCGAAUAUCAGUUGCAGGGGAGCAGCAGCAGGGGAGAGGGCGUGCCCUCGCCUUUUGCCUGUGGGCUUCUUGGAGGCACCAGGUGGGCCACUGUGGGGAACAGGAUGCUGGACUAGGUCUCGAGCCUCAUCCAGGGGGGCUGUUCUUAACCCUGGGAGGGAUAGUGCCAAACGGGGGUGGUCCAAGACGUGCUACCUGAGGCAAACAACAUGAUGCCUCCCAUCUAUGAAUGGUUUGCCCCAGCAGGGUAAGGAAGGUUGGUGGCAGCAGCCCGUCAUCUGCUGUCCCCUGUGCCCCUCCCCACACCUGAGGAGAUUGUCCCUCCCUGCCUCAUGGAUGGGCUGCCCUUGGUGCCAACCCAACUCAUCUCUUUACUUCAAAGCUUCCUAGUCUGAAUCAGUAGGUAGGUCCUAAAGCGCAACCAGAGGAGGAAAUGGAGGAUAUUAUUAAGGCAGGACUGAGGAUGCUGCUCCUGUGGUCCAGAAGUCCAGUGCCAAGAAAUGUCCUUUGAUUACCCCAAACCUACUAGGUGAGGGUUGUGUAAAUUAUGGGUAUGUUAUACCCUAGAGGAUUUUAUGAAAACGGGGCAAUGCAUCUGUCGUCUCUGUCUCUGUCCUCAAAACACAGACAACCCUACUCUUGGCACUGGGGUGUGAUCUUGGUUACCUAGAGAGAAGAAUCUUAUGGAUGCAUUCUGGAUGGAAACCUGCAAAAAGACUUCCCGCUUUAUGGACCAAGUGACUCUUCCUGUAAAUAUCUCCUGAACUCUUCCCACUCAAAGUCCAGAACCUCCAUCAGUUAGAUCAAUAAUAACAAAUAAAAAACUUUUCUGA